AUGGCCUCUACCGAGCCUGUUGCAUCUGCAAACCACAUUGAUGAGCCUGGUGUUGCCGAUUCUUUGUCCCAGCUUAAUGUUGGAGAUCCGCAGAACGAUACUCCGAAGACCGAAGAGGAAUAUGCGCAAUCCCAGUUGACUCUACGUGCCAUUGUAUCCACCAAGGAAGCUGGUGUCAUUAUCGGCAAGGCGGGGAAAAACGUUGCUGAUUUGCGAGAAGAAACUGGUGUCAAAGCUGGCGUCAGCAAAGUUGUCCAAGGUGUUCACGAUCGCGUCUUAACAGUCACGGGUCCGCUAUCGGGCAUCGCAAAGGCGUAUUCGCUCGUGGCCAAGGGCCUUCUUGAAGGCGCUCCACAGAUGGGCAUGGGGGGCGUCAUUCAGAAUAACGGCACGCAUCCCAUUCGUCUUCUCAUUUCCCAUAACCAAAUGGGCACCAUUAUUGGCCGACAAGGUUUGAAGAUCAAGCAUAUCCAAGACGUCUCAGGAGUUCGUAUGGUUGCCCAGAAAGAGAUGCUACCACAAUCGACCGAGCGCAUAGUCGAAGUCCAAGGCACCCCCGAGGGCAUCGAUAAAGCUGUCUGGGAAAUCGGCAAAUGCUUGGUGGAUGAUUGGCAGCGUGGCACCGGGACGGUUCUCUACAAUCCGGCGGUUCGGGUUCAAGUUGGGUCUGGUCCUCUUCCUCCUGCUGUUGGCACCGGGGGAAUGUCAAGCGGCAACUUUGGUGGCCCUCGGUCCUACAAUCGCACUGGUAACGGCGCGGACUUCAGUGAGACGCGUACGUACAAUCGCAGUGCCGCUGAUGCGCCACGAAGCGGCGGUAUUCCCAUGGUCACGGAGGACGGAGAAGAAGUUCAGACCCAGAAUAUCAGCAUCCCCGCCGAUAUGGUCGGCUGUAUCAUUGGAAGAGGAGGAGCAAAGAUCAGCGAGAUUCGCAAGAGUUCUGGAGCCCGCAUUUCCAUUGCCAAAGCACCACACGACGACACCGGCGAGCGGAUGUUCACCAUCAUGGGAAGCGCCAGUGCCAACGAGCGUGCCUUGUACCUCCUUUACGAAAACCUGGAGGCGGAGAAGGGACGCAGACAGCAGGUCUCCUCCGAAUAA